AUAGAGGGGGAGGCCACUUGAGAUCUUCUUCUCUUUUCCUGUCUUCAACCUAGCUUUCUCCUCUGCUUCAGCCAUGGGGAUGCUGCUCAGGUCCCUGCUUCUCAGUCUCGUCUGCACCUACAUUGCGGGUGAAGUAUCGGCCACAACAAUUUCACUAUACAACAAAUGCUCACAUCCAGUGUGGCCAGGCAUACAACCAGGCGCAGGCAAGCCCAUCCUUGCCCGUGGAGGCUUCAAGCUCCCACCCAACAAGGCCUACUCCCUCCACAUCCCAGCGGCCUGGUCCGGCCGCAUCUGGGGCCGUCACGGCUGCUCCUUCGACGCCCACGGCAGGGGCCGCUGCGCCACUGGAGACUGCGGCGGCUCCCUUUUCUGCAACGGCAUGGGCGGCACACCUCCGGCCACCCUUGCCGAGAUCACCCUGGGUUCAGAGCAAGAUUUCUACGACGUGAGCCUCGUCGACGGUUACAACCUGGCCAUCUCCAUCACCCCCUUCAAAGGGUCAGGCAAGUGUAGCUACGCGGGAUGUGUGAGCGACCUCAACACCAUGUGUCCGGUUGGUCUCCAGGUGAGAUCCCACGACAACAGGCGGGUGGUGGCCUGCAAGAGCGCAUGCUCUGCCUUCAACUCGCCCCGCUACUGCUGCACUGGAAGCUUUGGGAGUCCGCAGUCCUGCAAGCCCACCGCCUACUCCAAGAUCUUCAAAGCCGCAUGUCCAAGAGCUUAUUCCUAUGCUUAUGAUGAUCCAACUAGCAUUGCCACUUGCACUGGUGGCAACUAUUUGGUCACUUUCUGCCCUCACCACUAGUUUCCCAAUCCAAUAUUAUACUUUGUUUAAGACCCUUUUCCUCCCUUUUGCUCUGGGCCUGUUCUUCACUAUCUUAGUAUACUUACUGCGUUACUCACUGCGGGUGCCCCCAUGUCAUUUGGUCUUGGACUUAUAAUAUAGAAAUUAACUUGUAUUUUAUA